AUGGCUUCUACUUUGAACUCCGUUUCGGCUGCGAACAGCUCCUCCGGCAAUGCUGUCAACAACACAGCGCAGAAUUCUGGCAGGCCCUCUCUGAGAUCCAGCGGCAGCACCAAGGGGGACGGUCGCCGCCAGUCCGGCAGCCCUGGGGAUGGUGGUCAGCGGCGCACAAACUCCCACAAGGCUUGGAUCCAAGGGACCAACCCCAUUACUCAACGCUCCUCGUACGCAUCUCCGAACGGCAACAUGGCUCAACGCCAUUCUGGCUCCCCUCGCCCGGGUCAGAAGGAGUCCAACACCCCCGAUAGCCACGCUCAUGACCGACUAGUGUUUUUGUUUGCCAGCUUCAUCGGCCUUCACACUACCAUUACUACAAAGAGCGGAGAGAAGUUUACUGGCAUUUUCUCUUCCUCGAGCUUGGAAGCGACUGAUUCGUCAUUUCUUCUGAAGAUGGUGCAGCGCACCUCUCAAGAGAACCAGGGAAAGGCCAAUGGUGCGAGCGACACCACGGCCUCAUACCUCGGAUCCGCCCCAGAGCACAGCAUGGCUUUUGAUAUCAAAGAAGUUGCAGAUAUCGCUGUGCCCAAUGUUUCCCCGGCUGAGGUAUCAGUCAAGGAAUCUAAUGGUGCGGCUGGUUUCCGAACCGACGCUGAUAUUUCCGGAAAUUUGGCGAUGCGGGAGCGUGCCUUGAAGCGCUGGGAGCCUGCCGAGCAUGAGGUAGAUAUGUCUCUAGAGAGCGCGGCUGGUGGCUCGACUGGUUGGGAUCAGUUUGAGACGAAUGAGCGUCUCUUCGGCGCAAAGACCAGCUAUGAUGAGAACCUUUACACGACUCGCAUUGACCGUUCUGAUCCUACCUACCGCCAGAAGCAAGUUGAGGCAGCUCGGAUUGCGGCCGAAAUUGAAGGAACUGAUGUGGAUAAUGCGCACAUGCGUGAGGAGAGAGGUCUGAUAGCUCCAGACAAUGGUGAUCAGGAUGAAGAAGACAAGUACAGUGGCGUCCGACGCGAGAACAAGACUUUUUCGCCCUUGGUUUCUGGGCAACCCAACAAAUACACUCCUCCUGCUCGCCGACAAGUCGGAGCUCAACCUGCUGCGCCAGUCAAGCAGCCCUCCACUGCCUCUGUUCCUCCUCAGGCCCCGGCCAAGGAGACUCCUCCAUCAGAGAAGCAACCCCCUGCGGCGGCUCCCAAGCCCACCGCCGAGGCUGAUCAGAAGGUCGACUCCAGCAAGACUGCUCCCUCUGCUCUCCCCGCCAAGCAGCAGCGGGUGGUUCCCGAGAAUGCCACCGCCAAUGUGGAGACUGAGGUGCUCGACCACUUCCGUCAGUUCGCCAACAGUGAGAAGUUGAAGAUGCAAGAGCGCCGUCGCAACCAGGCAUCCUAUGAUCGGACCAUCAAGCUGAAUGAGCUGAUGAAAUUCUCGAAGAACUUUAAGCUCUCAACCCCAGUGCCCAAGGAUCUGGUGCCAAUCCUGGCUAAAGAUCCCCACAAGCAGGAAGCAAUUAUCAGCCGCGCUCAUCUGCCGGAGGACAAGCCGUCCCCCAAGACUGCUGCGCAGACACCUGAACAGAAACCCCCGGCUCGCGCUGUUGGUCCCACUGGUGCAGUUCCUCCUGUGGCUCCAUCUGAUCGCCAGAACUACCCCCGUGGCCGCCAAGGAUACCUGCCUACUGGCCCGCUCGCCGGUCCAGGUGGCCGGUUCCCCCAGCAGCCCAUGCAGCCAGGUCGCCCAGGAACUGGUAUGCUCAGUCACCGGCUGGCGGACAAUCUCCAGCAGCGUAAGGGCGCUGGCAUGGGACCUGUUCCCGCCCCGCUCCCCAUUCAGGAUGCUGAUGCCCGGGUGCCCCCAACUGGUCCUGCGAGCGAGCAACCUCGUAUUACGAGCCCCGUAAAGGCCCAGACCCCCAACGCUGCCGCGGCGUCGAAAUUCAACGUCCGUGCGAUGGAGUUCAAGCCUAACCCGGCAGCCAGCACGUUCACCCCUGGUGGUGCCGCUCUUGCUGCUCCCGCUGCCCCCGCCGCUGCUGCCAGCACCGCCAGCCCUCGGCCUUUCUCUCGAAACCGCUCUGUGUCGCGUGCAACCACACCGUCUGCAUUCUUUGGUGCUAAAAAGCCACAGCCAAUCUCGGAGCGACCCUCGAUUGAUGAUCAGUUUAACCCGAUCAAGCGCAUGAAGAAGGAGAGUGCUGAGUCUGCGGACAAGCCCUACCCAUCCAAUGGAGGCAUCCCCCCCCUUACAAGACCGCUCCCACCUGGGAUGUUCCCGCAGCCGGGUGGAGUUCCGUCCGUCUCGCCUCAAGGUCGAUCUGCUUCAAACAACCCCCAUCUCCCUCAGCAGCACCAGAUGCCCUUCCAGUUCCAACAGAGCAACCCCGGCAUGCCUCCUUCGUCUGGCCCUCCUAAUGGCCCUCACCUCCACCAAGGCCCUCAUGGUCCCGGUCCCCACAUGGAAGAUCACCACCGCAUGCAAUUGUCUGCAUCAUCAUCUCAAGUGUUCCCCUCACCUCGCAUGGGUCAGAGUCACGUAGGGUAUCCCUCACCCAUGGCUCCUCAUGCUCAGCUGGCCUUUGGGCAACCGAUGCCGCAAUUCUAUGGAGGUCCUCAGCCUGCCCACAUGAGGCAUUAUCAGGGCGCUCCUCAGUUCGCCGGACCGCAAGCUGGAAUGGGCGCUCCUAUGAUGGUGCAGAACCCCUCCAAUGGUCCCUACAUGGGCGUCCCCCAGGGCAUGUCUCCUUAUACCCCGCAGAUGCAAAUGUACUCCCCUUCCCCUGGUCACGCUUAUCCCCAGCAUGCACCUCCGCCUCAACCUCAUAGCGGAUAUCCCAGUCCCAGUCGUGGCGCGCCGAUGAUGAUGCACCAGAACUCGCAAUCCGGACAGCUACCACAGCCGAUGAUGUUUAUGUCGCCCGGGCAGGCAGGACAACCGGGCUAUGGAGCUCAACCUGGCCACAGUGAGUUCCCCCGCCCAGUAUGGAUUGCGUUCGCCGCUCAUUCUCCUCAUUCAGUGCCUGCUGGCCGUGGCGGUUACCCGCAACAGCAACCUCACUUCUCAUCUAGUCCCCACCAGGCACACCACUUCCCUCCUAACCAGCACCGGACGCCUAGUAACAACUAUAACCAAGCACCUCAGAUGGCGCCUCAAAUGUCAUCCAAUACCCCCGCCAACGCUGGCGCCGGCUCGCACGCUGCUGAGCCCACCGACGAAGGAAAAUGA